UUUUCUCUUCUUCCUGCCCGGGCAAGUUUUUAUAGCUCAACUUCUGGUUUGAUUUAGGCUGUUUGGCUCUCGUUGGAGAGGAUCCCUAAAGCAGGUCCCUUCCCAAGAGGGAAGGGGGGGAGAAGCCAAGGGGGCAGCCUUAAUUCUGUGGGAUUCCUCUCCCUUUCCUUGGCCCUGGAAAUGGAAGGAGCGGGCGCGCAGGAAGAACUUCUCGUGAGCUGCCCCGUUUGCCUGCGGGAGCUCCCCGCCGGCGGCAUCAACUCACAUCUGGACAGAUGUUUACAGCAGCAAGGCGAAGCGGGAGGCGGCGAAGACGUCCCAGAGGAUGCGGAGCGAAGUGGCAUCGACGGCGGUAGCAGCAGCAGCCCAAAGGACGCGGGGAUGGGUGCGUCUGGCCGGAAGAAAAUGCGCCUCUCCAACUCCCCGGAGAGGAGCAGCGGGGAAGAGCGCGCGGGGAAGGGUAGCCCCGGUUCAACCCCGCUGUUCUCCCUUUUCCACAAGGCCAGGAGCUCCGGGGCAGGGAAAGCCGGGACGCCUCGGGGCGCCUCUGCUGCUGCCGCUGCUACUGCUACUGCUGCGUCUCCGUCUCCAUCUCCAUCCCUGGCGCAAGCGGGAGAGAAACAGCCGGACGGGGAGGAUCAUCGGGGCUCAGGUGCGCGUGGCUCCGAGCUGGGCGGGGAAAGCCUGGCCCGAAAGCUGGAAGGAAAGCCCCUGGCGGACAAGCUGCGUCCCAGCCACCUGGGAGACUACUUGGGGCAGGAUCAGGUGCUGGGCGAACAGACGCUCCUGCGCUCCCUGCUGGAAGCGCACGAAAUCCCCUCGCUCAUCCUCUGGGGGCCUCCGGGUUGUGGAAAGACCACCUUGGCUCACAUCAUCGCAAACGGCAGCAAGAAGAACGGCACACGGUUCGUGACCCUGUCGGCCACGAGUGCCAAAACCAACGAUGUCCGAGAGGUCAUUGCUCAAGCACAAAAUGAAAAGAGGCUCUGCAAGAGGAAAACGAUCCUCUUUAUCGACGAGAUACACCGUUUCAAUAAGUCUCAGCAGGAUACGUUCCUUCCUCACGUUGAGUGUGGGACCGUGACGCUGAUCGGGGCAACCACCGAAAACCCUUCUUUCCAGGUCAAUUCGGCUCUUCUGAGUCGCUGCCGCGUUAUUGUCCUCGAGAAGCUCUCGGUCGAGGCGAUGGAAGCUAUUCUGAUGCGAGCUCUCAAGUCCUUAGGGAUCCAGAUUCUAAGCCAAGGCGAGCAAGCCGCUGGCUCUGUGAAUGGCAGCGACAGCAAGGACUCCGAAUGCUGCGUGUGCAUCGAGAGAAAAGCUGUAAACACUCUCGCCUCCCUUUGUGAUGGAGAUGCAAGAACUGGGUUGAAUGGACUGCAGAUGGCUGUUCAGGCCAGGUUAACUAAGCUCCAGCAGCAGAGUAGCACACAUGGCUGUUCUGUUAACGAAAUGGUCAUCACAGAAGAUCAUGUUAAGGAGGGACUUCAGCGAUCCCACAUUCUGUAUGAUCGAGCCGGAGAAGAGCAUUACAACUGCAUCUCUGCCCUCCAUAAAUCUAUGCGAGGCUCCGAUGAAAAUGCUUCUCUUUACUGGCUUGCCCGAAUGCUGGAAGGCGGCGAGUAUCCACUCUACGUAGCAAGAAGGUUGGUGAGGUUUGCAAGUGAAGACAUAGGAUUGGCUGAUCCCUUGGCGUUAACCCAAGCGGUGGCUGCUUAUCAAGGCUGCCACUUCAUUGGAAUGCCAGAGUGUGAGGUCUUACUAGCGCAGUGUGUGGUCUAUUUUGCCAGAGCACCAAAGUCUAUAGAAGUGUAUGGCGCUUACAGCAAAGUCAAGGCAUGUCUGAGAAACCACCAGGGACCUCUUCCACCUGUUCCUUUGCACUUGAGGAAUGCACCAACCAGGCUCAUGAAAGACAUAGGCUAUGGCAAAGGUUAUAAAUAUAACCCAAUGUAUACGGAACCUGUGGAGCAGGAAUACCUGCCUAAAGAACUGAAAGGGGUCGAUUUUUUUACACAGCAAAGAAUGUGAUGACCCUACGUGCAAUGUGGUGGCCAACUUUCUCCUGCCACACACACACACUUAAGUUUAAUUCUGCAAUAAUUUCUGUUUUAACCCCGCCAUGUUAUCCAGGCACAGAAUUAUGGUUUUGUGAGGUAAAAUAUAUCAGAAGUUAUGGACUUUGUGUAGAAAAUGGAUGUCCACAAUCUGGUCUACAGUUGUACAUGUGUUAAGAUCAACUGAAAUCAUUGGACAUAAGGAAACAUAUCUAGGUCAUUAUUUUUUAAGACAAAACAUUUGGGACACAAUCUAGCCUAGGUUAGGCACUUGUUCUAUACUGAAUGCUCCCAAUUAAAUCCCCGGGACUUAAAAGGGGCGUGCUUCAUGCCGUGGGCUUGCUCAAAACUGAAAAAGGACUAGGUUAAAAGAAUAAAAAGUCUGCAUUUGCACCUUGAGAUAGAAAAAGUAAUAUGACGGGAAUUUAACACGCUUGUCAGAUUAUUUUUGAUACUGUGAAGUUUUGUAAAUAAAGGUUGAUUUAAAAUUUA